AUGUCAACAGACGCCCCCGUGGUCCCCUUGCUCCCCGAAAACGCGCUUGCGAACACCUAUGGUGCUUUGUAUAUAUGUGUCGUGGUAUCGGCCAUGCUCUUCGGGCUCACCAAUCUCCAAGCAUUCUUCUACCUCCGGAUACAGAACCCCAACAAUCGCAGUCUCAUACGCUAUAAACUGGCCGUCUGCUGGUUGUGGAUCUUGGAUGCGUUGCAUCUCGCUCUUGUCAUCCAGCUCGUCUACUUCUAUUUGGUUGAACACUUUGGAGAUGGAACAAUCCUUGACCAGGUCGUCUGGAGCUUUAGGCUCCAAAUAAUCAUCUCCACCCUGGUUGUAUACUCCGUCCACUGCCUAUAUGCGUACCGUGUGUUUCUGAUCAGCCGUGCUCGGCGGGUGAACGAGAAAUUCGCGUAUCUUGCUUGUAUCGUCGUAUUCUUGGCCUCCGGUGAGUCGCCACAGCCAUCAUAG